AUGCCGACCAAUGGGGUUCACCACGAAGGACAACCCAACGGGGUCUAUAGCAGAGAAGACCAUCUCAAAGAAGAGCACAUCGACCGGUACCAAUACAUUCCUCGAAAACUAGCAAAGGAAAUCGAAAAAUUUGAAAGGAAUGAAGAAAAGAUCACAGCCUCUGAUCUCACCCAAAUCUGGAAAUGGAACGCUUCUGUGCCAAAAUCUAUCGACGUGCCCGUUCACCAUCUCCUCGUCGCCGUCGCGCAACGCCAGCCCAGUUCUCUUGCCAUCCACGCCUGGGACGGUGAAUUAACAUAUGGACAGUUAGAUGACCUCUCGUCCCGGUUGGCGACUCACUUGGUCACGUUGGGCGUGGGCCCAGAAGUCAUCGUGCCGUUAUGUUUUGAAAAAUCCCUCUGGAUGCCCGUCGCCAUGUUGGCGGUGAUGAAAGCAGGCGGAGCGUCUGUAGCGCUUGAUCUGGCCGUGCCCGAGGAGCGGCUGAGGAGCAUUGUGAGCCAAGUCCGGCCCAGAAUCCUCAUCUCUUCCCUACAGGGGAGAUUAUUGGCGGAAAGGCUGGCGGACGAGGAGGCUGUUGUGGUGAACGUCUCCAAAGAGGAACUGGACAAACUUCCUUCGCCUUCUACGACCAGAUCCUCCUCGCCCGUUGUCGUUACUUCCAACAACACGCUCUAUCUGGUCUUCACGUCCGGCAGCACAGGCACCCCCAAGGGGGCAUUCAUCACGCAUGGCAACUUUGCCAGCGCCCUUUACCACCAAGCACACUCGAUCAAUCUCAAUACCUCCUCCCGAGUAUUCGAUUUCGCGUCUUAUUCUUUCGACAUGGCGUGGUAUAACGUCCUGCAUACUUUGCACGCGGGCGCAUGUCUGUGCAUCCCUAACGACACUGAACGCAGAACGGAUUUGUCUUCGGUAGUGAAGAAGUUAAAACCGAAUUUUGCAAAUCUUACGCCUACGGUGGCGAACAUGCUCGACGAUGAGGCAUUGGAUAUGCUCACGGACUUGGAGGUCGCCGGUGAGGCUUGUACCGCGCAGCUCCUGGACAGGCGGCGGCGGCUGGGGCGCCGAUUCACAAUCGCGUAUGGUCCAGCCGAGUGCACGCCGAUCCAGACUGCGACGAGUAAUCCCCGGACGCCUGCGCAUAUUGGGACUGGAGUCGGAGCGCUGACGUGGGUGGUCCAGAUGGACAAUCCCGAUGAACUGGCGCCAGUUGGGAGUGUAGGGGAGUGUUGGAUAGAGGGACCGCUCGUGGGAAAGGGGUAUCUGGAUAAUGAGGAGCAGACGGCGACCAAGUUUGUCCGAGAUCCGCCGUGGCUGGUUGCAGGUGGUGGGCCAGGGCAACCUGGACGAAGAGGGACGCUGUACCAGACGGGCGAUCUGGUCAGCUAUAACCUGGAUGGGAGUCUAACGUUCCAAGGCCGCAAGGACGGGCAAGUGAAGAUUCGGGGCCAGAGGGUGGAGCUGGGAGACGUGGAAUUCCACGUCUGGAGUUUGCUCGACAUAUCUCACCAGCAAGAGGAUGUCAAGGUCGCUGCCGCAGCGGUGAAGCCGAGAGGCCACGACGCACCGAUAUUGGCGGCGUUUGUCGUUCCGGCCGGAGCAGCGAGUAUGAGUGACAUUGAGUUACGGACAGAGGUCAGGCGAAUUACAAAGGGCGUGGAUGAGAGACUGGCAGAGGUCGUGCCUGUGUACAUGAUUCCCACGAGCUACAUUCCCCUUUCGUCACUACCUAUGACAUCGAAUGGGAAGACAGACCGCCGGCGUCUGGCAGAGGUCGGCACGGCAUUGACCAUGAAAGAGAUUGUUGAACUAGGUUUAUCGCCAGAGAAUCGACAGGUACCAUUGACCAGAAAGGAGAAGCAAGUGCAAGAACUUUGGUCGACAGUGCUAGGCAUUGAAGCGUCCACAAUAUCGGCCGACGACAGUUUCCUCCGCUUGGGAGGUGACUCAAUCUCCGCCAUGAGGCUCGUCGCCAGCGCACGGCAGCAUGGCCUCUCAUUCACAGUCGCCAGUAUCCUCAACAAACCCCGAUUAAGGGAUUUUACGAAAGAACUGACAGUGUCGUUAUAUGAAGCUGACGACCACCAUCUUCCCCAGCCUUUCAGCAUGAUCCAGAGCACCGAUACACGGCAAAAGGCGGCAUCCAGAUGUCAAGUCCCAAUCGAGUCGAUUCGAGACGUCUUCCCCUGCACGCCGCUUCAAGAAGGUCUGCUAGCAAUGACUUCACGGCGAGAAGGGCAAUACGUCUCCAAGAUUGUGUUCGAGCUGGCCGCCGGGACGAGCAUUCCGCGGUUCAAGAAAGCGUGGACGGACAUGGUCGAAGCUACCCAGAUCUUGCAGACCAGGAUCGUCGACAUCCCGGAUGAGGAUGGUCUUGUGCAGGUGCUGGUCGACGUACCGCAAGAAUGGGGUUUUGAUGCCGACCUCGACGCCUACUUGCAGGCUGAAGGCAAACGCCCCAUGGGUCUGGGAACAGUGCUAUGCCGACCUGGCCUGGUGGAAGAGGAACAGACGGACAAAUUGUGGUUCGUCUUGACCAUUCACCACUCUCUUCACGACGGCAUGUCACUACCACUACUCCUCGAGAAUGUGCAGCAGCGAUACGAAGGCCGUGAGGUCGAUCCGUUGAUGCCUCUCCAAAGUUUCGUCAAGUAUCUCCACUCUCUGGAUGCAUCGGCAAUGAGCGAAUUCUGGGAAUCUCAACUGACAGGUUUGACCGCGAUUCCAUUCCCCGGACUGCCGUCCCCAGUCUACACCCCCGAAGCGGAUGCUGUGGUCGAAAGCAUGAUCAGCGGUCUGCAAUGGUCAAACAGUGAUUAUACCAGAUCGACGGUGCUCAAGGCGGCGUGGGCAUUGCUCCAGGCACGAUACACCGACACACCGGAAGCGAUCUUUGGAACGGUCAGCAGCGGUCGACAAGCACCAUUGGUCGGAGCAGAACGCAUCGCAGGACCGACUAUCGCUACUGUUCCCCUCCGGAUAGAGUGUGCCGGCGGGACCAGCGUGGGAGAGCUUCUUGAGGAGGUGCAGAAACAAGCCGUCGGCAUGAUUGCUUAUGAGCAAGCUGGCUUGCAGUGGAUACGCCAAGUCAGCGAGGCGGCCCAGCGAGCCUGUCGAUUUCAGGCUCUGCUCGUCGUUCAGCCUGAUGAGCAAGCGUUGUUGGGCGACUCGGAAGAAGGUCUCUGGGGUGCAGAGGCCAAUCGUCGUGCUCGGGUUGGUACUACUAAGUAUGCGGCUUUUAACACAUAUGCGGUGAUGAUUCUGUGCAAUUUUACCAAGGUCGGUCUGCAGGUCGAAAUCAGCUACGACUCCAAGGUUGUCGAACCGGCACAGGCGAAGAGGAUGUUGGGUCACUUUGAGCAUAUUCUCCGGCAGUUGAUUGAUCCGGCUCAAACGCACACUCCUUUGCGGCAAAUCACUGCCAUCAGCGAUGCAGACCUUGAGGAUAUCUGGAGGUGGAACCGGAGCAAUCCAGAGUCGGUCGACUCUUGUCUCCAUGAUCUAGCCAUGGAGAGUGUUCGGCGCUGGCCCCUGUCGACGGCGGUGUGUGCCUGGGAUGGCGAGUUCACAUACGCCCAACUCGGCCGGCUGUCAUUGAAUUUGGCCAACCAACUGACCCGUUUCGGAGUCGGACCAGAAGUCAUUGUGCCUGUCUGCUUUGAGAAAUCAAAGUGGGCACCGGUUGCCGUGUUAGGCGUCUUGAGAGCAGGAGGAGCCUUUGCUCUGAUGACUCCCAGCAUGGCCAAGGGUAGACGAGAAGCUGUCCUUGACCUAGUCAAUUCGAGUUUCGUUCUCGCAUCUUCCACGACAUCUGAAUUAUUUCCAGAUCACAGCGUGAUCGUGGUUGACGAGAGGUUGUGGCGGGAUACACCCAAUGACAUCAGCGACCGCAAGGCCGCUCCAUCAACAACAGCCGCAGUCUACUUUACUUCUGGCUCGACAGGCACACCAAAAGGCAUCUUGCUCCCGCACAGCUGCAUUGCGACGACCGUCCAUGCGGGAGCACGUGCUAUUGACGCUGGCCCAUCCACCCGCAUCUUCCAGUUCGGCUCGUACCUCUUCGACCACAGCGCUUGGGACACCUUCAUGGCCUUCAACUACGGUGGCUGUUUGUGUAUCCCGUCGGAAUACGAUCGGGACAACAACACUGGCGAAGCAAUUGUGCAGCUUCGAGCCAACUUUGCGCAUCUGACGCCUUCGGUGGCCGGCAUACUCCCAGUAGAAACCGUUUCCUCGACGCUAGAAGCACUGUUUUGGUCCGGUGAAGCGCUCAGUGAGGCAGAUGUACUGAGGUGGAAAGACACCAACGUAAAAUUGUGGAAUUGGUACGGACCAACCGAAUGUCCGGCCGGUACGAUAACGGAGGUGGUGCCUGGCAAGUGGAAGAACGGCAUGAUCGGCCACGGCAUGGCGAGUACUUGCUGGGUUGUCGAGCGCGAGUCGGCUAAUACUCUAGCCCUUGUCGGAGGGGUAGGGGAGUUGGUUCUUGAAGGACCGGUCGUGGCUAAGGGGUACUUGAAAGAUCCGGAAAAGACAAAAGCCUCAUUCAUUGAGGAUCCUCCUUGGUUACUUCAAAACGGUUCUGGCCGACGUGGACGGCUAUAUAAAACAGGAGAUCUCGUGCGCUAUAAUCCGGAUGGGUCGCUCAUGUACUUGGGACGCAAAGACACACAAGUCAAGAUCCGCGGCCAGCGAGUCGAGUUGCCGGAAAUCGAACAUCAUUUGCGACAGGCACUUCCGGAUGGUGCAAAUAUCGAGGUUCUAGCCGAGGCGAUUACGCCGCGUGGUAGCAACACGAUGAUAUUAGUGGCCUUCGUCCGCCUUGCCGGAGACGGAGAUGCAACCAAAAAGGCCACGACGAGACUGCUGAAGGCGAUGGAGGAUAAAUUGGCGGGUGUCCUACCGGCAUAUAUGAUCCCUUCGGCGUACAUUCCCCUUGAAAGAUUACCCCUGACGGGAACGGGAAAGACAGACCGUCGGAAAUUGCGUGAGAUCGGGUCGACGUUGUCGUUAGAGGAGCUGGCUGCUCUCAACCCUGAGCGUGAAGAGAGAAGGCCUCCCACGACAGAAUGGGAGCGAAGAAUCCAAGCUCUUUGGGCAUCGAUACUUCGGGUUCCGGCAGAUAGUGUCAGUGCCGAUGACAGCUUCCUCCAAAUCGGCGGUGAUUCCAUCGCCGCAAUGAGGCUGGUGGGUAUAGCGCGCGAGCAAGGCUUGACCAUGUCGGUUGCCGACUUAUUUCGAACUCCCAAAUUAUGUGAUCUGGCCGAGCAACUCAGUGCACGCGUGCAAGCUGUUGACAAUGAAGACGAUGAGGGCGGUGUGAUGCCAUUCAGUCUGCUCCGGAGAACCAGUGAGGCAGAUGCCCGCGACAAGGCCGCCAACCUCUGCCAUCUCGAGCCCUCGCUGAUCCUCGACAUCUUCGCUUGUACACCACUUCAAGCCGGUCUCCUUGCAUUGACAGCUCAGCAUGAAAAGGCUUACGUGGCAAGACACGUGUUUGAGUUGCGGUCAGAUGUUGACCUGGACCGCUUCCAGGCUGCGUGGGAAUGUGUCGUGACGGUUACAUCGAUUCUGCGCACGCGAAUCGUAGACCUCGAGCUCGAAGGAUUGGUGCAAGUGAUCGUCGACGAGAAGAUUGACUGGCGAACGGCCACGGAUCUCAGGGAAUAUCUCGCCACGGACGCAGACCAAAUCAUGGGACUAGGUGCGCCACUCGUACGCUUCGCCGUUGUGCGAGAACAACAACAGCAACCGUGGACUGAAUCUGAGCGGAAAUUCUUCGUCUGGACUUUACACCAUGCCAUAUUUGACGGAUGGUCAAUGCCGCUGUUGCUGUCGAUGGUGGAAAAAAAGUACCACAACACGACGCCAUUGCAACCACCACCGCCGUUUCAAGCUUUCGUACGCCAUAUUCUGCAGACUGAUGACGCCCGCACUGCGACACGAUGGCGAGAGCAGUUCGAUGGAAUGGAAGCCCAACCGUUCCCACGUCUACCGUCCGCAACAUAUAGACCCAAUGCCCAGAGCGAAGUCGCGCAUCACAUCUCCGGGAUCCAUUGGCCUACUACACGCAACCUGACCGCGUCUACGGCCGUGCGUGCAGCACUCGUUCUCCUUCUAGCAAACUACACUGGCUCAAAUGAUGUACUCUUUGGAGCCACCGUCACUGGCCGGCAGGCUCCCGUAUCAGGCCUGGAGCGUAUGGCCGGCCCUACGCUCGCUACCGUCCCUAUCAGGAUUAGGGUCGACUAUGACGCCAAAUGUCUCGAGCAACUUCUUGAGCGCAUCCAGAAACAAGCUAUCGAUCUGGUGGACAUGGAACAUGUCGGUCUACAGUCCAUUCGGCGGUUGAGCGCAUACGCCGAUCGGGCUUGUCAAUUCCAGACAUUGCUUAUGGUUCAGCCUGUUGCUGAUGAUGAUGAGCAGGCAAAGAGGACCGGUUGGUUAUUCAAAGAUCGAUACGAAGAUACGGAUGCUUUAGCUGCGUUCAAUUCCUACGCUUUGCUGCUCUAUUGCGAUUUGGAGAAAGAAGGCCUUCAUUUGCGACUCAGCUUUGACGACGCUAUUGUCCCGCAAGCACAAGCUGAGAGGCUGACUCGGCAGUUUGAGCAUUCAUUGCGGCAGGUGUGUGCGCCUGAGAAUGCGGCAAAGAAGCUUGCAGACAUCGACAUGAUGAGCGACCAGGACCUGGGAGAUAUCUGGGGGUGGAAUGCCUCAGUCCCGGCAUCCGCUGGACUGGCGGGAUCCAUCCACAGCUUGAUCGAUAAGGUAGUCCGGCGACAACCUGACGCGCCGGCUUUGUGUGGCUGGGAUGGCGAGUUGACCUAUGGAGAGCUAGAUGUCCUUUCGACAAAUCUAGCUCACCAUUUAGUCAAGGCUUUUGGCCUCGGCCCUGAGAUGAUUGUACCUCUUUGUUUUGAGAAAAGUAUCUGGGCGGCGGUGGCCGUGGUGGGUGUUAUGAAAACAGGGGCAGCAUCGGUCGCUUUGGACGUCAAUCAACCUGAGGAGCGUCUUCGGUCGAUUGUUGCUCAAGUCGAUCCGCCAGUCAAAAUCGCCUCUGUCGACACGGCGAAGUUGGCAGCUCAGAUUGGUGGUCGUCAUGGUUGUCAAGUCGUCGUCGUCAGCCAAACAUCUCUUGCCGCAAUGCACCAGGAACAACUGCCCAGGCUCCCUCAAAGAGUGUCUCCGUCCAACUCCCUCUACGUCGUCUUUACGAGCGGCAGCACGGGAACUCCCAAAGGCGUCGUGAUAACGCAUUCCAACUUCCUCAACGCCGUGUCACUACAGCAAGCAUGGCUGGGCAUCAACAACACAUCACGAGUUCUCGACUUCACCUCCUAUGCCUUUGACGUCUUCUGGCAGAACAUCCUCAUGACUCUGACCGCGGGAGCAUGUCUCUGUACACCUUCCGCCGCGCAACGCAUGGACGACCUGGCAUGUUUCAUCAAACGAUAUCAUGUCAACUACGCCCACGUCACACCCUCCCUAGCCCGCAUGAUUGACUUUGCUGGCGUCAAAACGCUCAAUCUCAGCGGCGAAGCAUUGAGCCGGUCCGAUAUCCAGAGCCUCGAGGGGAAACAAGUUCGAAUAUUGAACACGUAUGGUCCAGCCGAAUGUACUGUCACCUCGACGGCCGCAGAAAUUUCGCUUGCCGAACACGGCCAGCCGUCUAUCGGUAAAGGCCUAGGCGCCGUGCCCUGGGUCGUCAGCACCGUCCACCCUGAUCGUCUCGCUCCCGUGGGCUGUAUAGGAGAGCUGUACUUAGAAGGCCCGCUGGUCGGAAAGGGCUAUUUGAACAAUGAGGCCCUGACGGCGGACGCCUUUGUGGAGGACCCUCCGUGGCUGGUCCAGAGGCAACCCGGUCGACAUGGGACGGUGUACAGGACGGGUGACUUGGUUCAGUACGACAGCGAGGGAACUCUGCAUUUCAUCGGAAGAAAGGACGGCCAAGUCAAGAUUCGUGGUCAACGCGUCGAACUCUGUGAGGUGGAGUACCACAUUCACUCGCUCUUGAAGGAGAAUGAAGCUGAGGGAACCCAAGUUAUUGCUGAUGUGGUCACACCCGAGGGUAGCAAUCGGCAGGAUUUGUUGUUGGCAUUCAUUGUCCCUACCGGGACGUUCUCAACACAAGACAGGGCGAAGGAAGUGAGGCGCUUGACGGCCAACUUGAAUGAUCGCUUGGCCGAUUUGGUGCCGGCGUACAUGAUUCCAGCGGCGUAUGUGCCCCUGGCUGCAGUUCCAAUGACGACCACCGGCAAAACAGAUCGACGACGCUUGCGAGAGUUGGUCUCGUCCAUGGACCUAGGAGAUCUCUUCUGCAGCCACCAGCAGAAUAUCGCCCCCCCAAAAAACAAAGUUGAGCGUGUAUUGCGCGAGAUCUGGGGCCAGGUUCUCAACAUCCCGCUGGAAACCAUCUCUACAGACGUCCCUUUUACUCGCCUUGGAGGAGACUCAAUCACAGCCAUGCAAGUCGUCUCCCGCUCGCGAGGGCACAAGGUCCAUGUCACUGUGGCUGAUGUCCUUCGCGCGCAGACGAUCCAGCGAGUGGCGCAGUGUGCUCGUGUCGACGUGGAAGAACCCACCACCACAGAGACUGAAGCGGAAGGGGAUGCGCUCGAAGCCGACAAACGCGGAUGGAACCUCUCGCCUAUUCAACAGAUGUAUCUGGAUGCUCACCCGCACGGGCCGUAUCAAUUCAACCAGAGCUUCGUGCUCAAGAUGCGACAUCGCGUGUCGACAGAAGACUUGCGUGCGGCAGUGGCGGCGGUCGUUGGAAGGCAUUCCAUGCUUCGUGCGCGAUUUCGUCGGAUGGAUAAUGGGGAUUGGACCCAAUUUGUCGCCGACAGCGGCCUCACAGACUCUGCCUUUGCAGAGUAUGAAGUCAACAACUUUGUUGAAGCAGAACCGCUGAUGCAGCAGCGACAGCGAUCGCUCGACAUUGAACGCGGACCGUUGUUUUCAGCGGAUGUAUUCAACGUCCACGAAGGAAAGCAACAGUUCAUUUUGCUCAGUGCAUCUCACCUCAUCAUUGACUUGGUUUCGUGGCGAACGAUCUGGCAUGAUCUGCAACAAGCCUUGAGUGGUGUAUCCUUGUCGCCUCCGCCUACUUCGUACCGUGUAUGGUGUGAAUUCCAGCAAAGAGCGCGUAAGACUCUGCUACAGUCCCAAGUCCUCGCUUCCACACCCGAGCCGCCGCAGUUCGACUAUUGGGCAAUACCUGUAGGAGCAAACCAGUUCAAGAACUACGAAACUUAUAUUCAACGCCUCGAUAACGACACCACUUCACUCUUACUGGGCAAAGCUAACGACAGCCUUGGAACCUCCACGCUCGAUAUCUUGAUCGCGACUCUGGUACGUACUUUCCGCGCCAUCUUCCACGACCGUACGGCUCCCGUUAUCUUCCUUGAAGGGCACGGCCGCGAGCAGACCGAGGGCUGGGAAAGAGAUAUCUCUGAGACGGUCGGAUGGUUCACCACAAUCUACCCCGUUCAAUUACGCCAGGAUCGCGGAACGAAUCUCUACGAUGCUGUGCGAGAGGCCAAAGACACCCGCAGACAGAUACCAGGGGAUGGGCGUCCGUACCUCGCUUGUCGAUACUACGGCGAUACGGACCGCAGACCGUUUAGUCAAGCAGGAGAGAUCGAAGUGAUGUUCGAUUAUCAAGGCCAAUUCCAGCAGUUGGAACGAAAGGACUCUGCCUAUACGCACGCCGACCACAUCCAACUGGAAGAGCUAGCCCCGGAUCAUCAAAUGUUCAGUUUGAUUGAUGUCAGGACCAUUGUCACCCGUGGACGCAUGGAGGUGAUUUUCUGCGUCAAUAGGAAUUUGCGCCAUCAAACCAGGAUCCGGAAAUGGGCGCAGCAUUAUGUCGCCGAGCUGGCGCAAGUGGCUGGCAUAUUGGCUACUGCUCCGCGGAAAUUCUCUCUGGUGGACUUUCCUCUUCUUCGGCACAUGUCGUAUGAGGGACUAGAUCAUCUGCUCGAGAAGCAGUUACCUCGUGUUGGCCUUUCCAGCGCCGAAGUUCGGGAUGCGUACCCUUGCACCCCAUUGCAGGAGGGAAUCCUGUUGAGUAAUAAGACGGGUUCGGCCACAUAUGCCAAUCACUGGAUUUGGGCUUGCGAAGGUGGGAAGAAAGUCUCUAUUGACAAGCUGGAAAAGGCAUGGCGUGCUACUUUUGCGCAGCAUUCGGUCUUUUCCACCAUUUUUGUGGAUGAUGCUCAAACCGGCGGGUUCGUGCAAGUCGUCCGCCAGAAAGCAAGGCGAGAAAUCUAUCGUGUCAGUACCGGCUCUGAGUCACCUGGAAACAGUCUACGCCAUCUGAGUACUCCCUCCUUCGAGAUGGGCCAGCCAGAGACCGCUGUCGCCAUUGCUCGAGCAGACAAUGGAGAGGUGGCGUGCAGAUUGGACAUGAGCCACGCCUUGGUCGACGCGGCUUCCGUGCCGGUCAUCAUCAACUGCGUGGAGAGAGCGUAUCGCGGGCUGAGUUUGGCGCCGGCACCAAGUUUCCGCGACGCGGUGGAAUAUAUAGAGCGUACGCCACGAUCUGAGAAGCUGAAGUACUGGGUUCAAUUCCUGGAGGGGGCGCACGUAUGCCAUUUCCCUGGCGAAGAGCAGUUGGGUAAUACUGAUGAAGAGAACGGUUACGACACACUGCCUAUCGAUAUCGAAGACAGCAGACGGAUCGACGAUUUCUGUCGCGAAAACAGCGUCACACGCGCCACAUUCAUCCAAGUCAUCUGGGCGCUUGCCUUAACGAGAUUCGCCGGCAUGGACAACGACGAAGUGUGUUUUGGGUUCCUUGCUUCAGGCCGGGACAUGGCCGUCGAUAAGGUAGACGAUAUGGUCGGCCCCUUGAUCAAUAUGCUGGUCAGCCGUGUGGCUUUGCAGAGUCCAGAGGGGUCCAUAGGUGUGCUCAAACGCACAGGCGAGCAGUCGAUAGAGCAUUUGGCACAUCAGCAUGUUUCUCUCGCCGAGAUUCAGCGUACCGUCGGGGUGGGGAAGUUGUUCAAUUCUUGUGUCACGGUACGUGAUGCUUAUGGGCGGGACCACAAUUUCGGGCUGGACCGGGAUGAAGAUGGGCUAAGAAUGGUGGAUUUCCAUGCGGAAGACGCACAUGAGUUCGAUAUCGGACUUGGUGCUGGAUUGGAUGGGACAGAGACAUCCCUCACGCUGGGCUGGCGAGGGAGUAGGGUAAGACUAUCCACCGCAAGGGAGGUCGUCGAGACUGUGCAACAGGCCGUCGAAUACCUUCUCGCAGCGAAAUCCGCGCAGAAGGGUGAGAGGAGUCUGCAAGCAGACUUUUUCCAUCAUCUCGUCGGUGUCCAUCAAGAUGUCGCAGACGCCUUUUGGCGUGAACAGUUUGCCGGGCUAGAAUCAAUCCCUUUUCCUAAUUUGCCUUCGUCUUCUUACCGGCCCAAAGUCGAUGCUAGGGAGGAAUCAGUCAUAAAUUCCCUGACAUGGCCUGACGGCGAAUUCGCGGCCGAGACCGUGGUGCGUGCAGCUUGGGCAUUCUUGCAAGCCCGGCAUAUGGCUGCGAACGAAGUAUUGUUCGGGAGUACAGAGCUCCGCAGCGGCUCAGCGAAGAGCUUUUUUGCCCCAGUAGUCCCGGUCAGGAUCGUGAUGCGGCAUGACAUGACGGUCGCAUUACUCCUCAGCCGCGUUCAGCAGCAGAGAAAGAUGUUGAGCGAGUACGAACGUACUGGGUUACAGCAUAUUCGACGCAUUGGGGAGGAGACGAAACGGGCUUGUGAAUUUCAAGCUGUUUUGGUCGUGCGGUCCGCUGCGGCGAAAAGGAUGAACAGAACCCCUGGGGAGACUCAGUUGGAUACAAACAUCAACUAUUCCUUCACGACAAACGGAAUCAGGCCGACAGAAGAGUCGACCACCAUCUACACUGGAAUCGAUGACUACGCCCUAGUCGUCGAAACGACGAUCGCUGCCACGUCCAUGCGGGUACAAGUCCGCUACGAUUCCAGCGUUCUGUCACCUGAGCUUGCGCGGAGGAUCUUGGGACAGUAUGAACACGUCUUGCGGCAGAUGAUCGCACCGGAACAAACGCAGACGAAGCUCGGAGAUGUCGAAGUGGCGAGUAGAAAGGAUCUGGACGAUAUAUGGAGGUGGAAUGCACACGUCGCUCCAGCCUCUUGGGCGACUGUGCAUGACAUGUUCUCCGCCGUCGCACGACGACAACCUGAAUCUCAGGCCGUAUGUGCUUGGAAUGGAGAUUUGACGUUCCGGCAGCUGGACGAACUAUCGGGCCGGCUCGCCCAUCACCUCCUGCAACUUGGCGUGGGCAUCGGGCCGGAUGCCAUUGUCCCGCUCUGCUUUGAAAAGUCCAUGUGGAUGCCGGUGGCCAUGCUUGGGACCAUGAAGACCGGAGCCGUGUCGGUGGCCAUGGAUGUUACACAACCAGAAGAACGAUUGCGUUCUAUCGCCUGCCAGGUGGAUGCCCCGAUGAUAGUUUGUUCCACGAACAGCUUUAACCUGGCAACUCGUCUGAAACCCAAAGAAAGCACGACCAUCGUCGCCAUUGACGAAUCAGGCCUCCUUGCUCUCCCACUACCACAGGAUCGGAGCUUGCCGACCGUGAGUCCGGCCAGCACACUCUUCAUCGUCUUCACAUCGGGCAGUACUGGCGAACCGAAAGGAAUCAUCAUUUCCCAUUCCAACCUUGCCAGCGCUUUUGACUACCAGAGACACCCACUCGAGUACAGAUCCUCAUCCCGGGUGCUUGAUUUUGCCUCUUACGCUUUCGACGUGUCGUGGUUUACAUCAUUUGGCACCAUGACUGCCGGUGGCUGCGUUUGUAUUCCCUCCGAGUACGAACGUCAAAACGAUCUCUCGGGUGCCAUGCUCCGUAUGCGUGUGACAAAUGCAACUUUUACGCCUACCAUUGCCGAAACACUCGACCGUUCAGUCAUCAAAACGCUGAGAGUGCUUGAGCUGGGUGGAGAGGCGGUCAGUGAGGCAUUGAUUGAGGACAUGUCUACCUUGACGAGGGUUCGCGUGGCCUAUGGACCGGCCGAGUGUACCGUCGGCACGGUAUUUGCGUGGAAGGAUCGUGGAGAGAAAAGCGAUAAGGGGAUUGGACGAGCCUUAGGGGCGUGUGUAUGGGUCGUUGAUCCUACUCUGCCCAAUCGUCUCGUGGGCGUGGGAUGUAUUGGCGAGUUAUGGAUCGAAGGUGCGCAGGUGGGCGACUAUUUUAAUGAUCCGGUAAAGUCUGCCGCGGCAUUCAUUCAGGAUCCCCCCUGGCUUGUUUGUGGUGGGAGACAUGGGAGGUUAUACCGUACUGGAGAUCUUGUCCGACUCAAUGAAGAUGGGACGUUGACGUUCAUCGGACGAAAAGAUGCACAGGUAAAGAUCCGAGGUCAACGAGUCGAACUAAACGAGGUCGAGCGGCAUAUCAUGCGGCAACUGCGUCAAAACAGCCUCAACGAGAGCGAAAGAGAAGGUGUCCAGGCUGUCGUAGACCUUGUUACGCCCAGGGAGAUGAACCGCACGAUCCUGGUGGCGUUCAUCGUCCCUAAAGGAGCGCAAACCAUGCCCAGGGAGGCUCUCGUCGACACGGUCACCCGCUUAAUAACCGGUAUACACACCCGCAUGUCCAAAGUGGCUCCAAUUUAUAUGUUGCCCACUGGAUAUAUCCCUCUCGGCAAGUUACCAACUACAGCCACUGGCAAAGUAGACCGCAGACGGUUGCGGGAGAUGGGAAAGGACCUUUCACCAUCACAGCUACUAAUCGAUCCAGCCAACAAGUCGAAUUCCGCUCCUCCGCAUCAAUCGCCGUCGACUUUGGCCGAAAGACAGCUCCAGCAACUUUGGGCGUCGAUCCUUAAUAUAGACGUCGAGAAUAUCUUCACUGACAGCAGUUUCCUCGGGCUCGGGGGCGAUUCUAUUCUCUCCAUGCACCUCGUGGCCGCCGCGCAACGAAAAGGUCUCUUCCUCACUGUGGCCGACAUCUUCAAGCAUCCGACACUUUUCGAAUUGGCGCAGUUGGUCAAAACAGGUGGGUAUGUGUACGAAUCUGAGGCAGUGGAGCCUUUCUCGCUUCUAGACUCCUCCAUCGACAAGCAGACGAUUCAACAGCGCGCAGCGGCGCUGUGCAGGAUUGAUCCUGCCCAGGUUGAAGAUGUUUAUCCUUGCACACCCCUUCAGGAAGGACUGUUGGCUUUGACAGCUCGUCGGAAAGGUGGCUACAUUGCAAGACACAAGAUCCAGCUUCGGCCUGGCAUUGAUCUUGGCCGAUUUAAACUCGCUUGGGAAGCGGUCGUGGCCGCCACGCCAGUUCUCCGGACGAGGAUCGUCGACUUGGAGCAUCAAGGAUUGGCACAAGUUGUCGUUGACCAGCCGACAAGGUGGCUUUUCAACGACGAUUCUAGUACCAUGGCCAUGGGACUCGGAACAUCAUUGAGCCACGUCGGAAUUGUCUCAGAGAAUGGCAAACAAUACUUCAUCUGGUCCGUCCAUCACGCUCUCUACGAUGGCUUUUCGGUCCCACUGGUACUGGACGCAGUCAAGGGGGCCUACACAGGCACGCGACGCCAACAUCUCUCACCCUUCCAACCUUUCAUCAAACACUCUUUGGCCUCGCGAAACGAAGAAGCAGCAACCUUUUGGAAACUCCAAUUCACCGACCUCGCUGCACCGCGGUUCCCUGCUCUUCCGUCAGCAGGCUACCACCCGCGCGCAGAUACAAUUGUUAGGCACACCGUGAAACAACUAGGCAAACCACCAUUUGGCAUGACCAUGUCGACCGUCAUCCGCGCCACCUGGGCGAUCCUCAUCUCGCGGUUCACGGGCUCAUCCGAAGCCGUCUUCGGUGCCGUCGUCAACGGCCGACAGGCAGCUGUACCUGGCAUCGAGCGCAUGGCUGGUCCAACAGUCGCCACUGUGCCAGUGAGGGUUCUUGUCGACUAUGACAGCUCGCUGGAACGAAUGCUCGAGCAAGUCCAACGACAAGCGGUGGACAUGGCUCGUUUCGAGCAGACUGGGCUCCAAUAUAUCCAGAAAUUGAGCCCCGAAGCGGACGAAGCCUGCCAUUUCCAAUCACUCCUCGUCAUCCAGCCAGCUGAGCGACAAGCCCCAGAGGCCGAGAAUGAUGUUUUUGCUGCCUCCACCUCCGGGCAGAUAAUCGAUGAUCAUCCGGGAGUAGUACCCGUAAAUGAUGCUUUUACCACGUACGCGCUGACGCUCGUGUGCGAGCCUAAUGAGCAAGACUUGCAGAUUAUGCUCAGUGUCGAUUCGUCGGUGGUGGAGGCCAACCAGGCAUGGAGGCUCGCGCAGCAACUGGAGCAUAUCCUCCGGCAGACUUGCAAUUCCACGCAUGGGGGCACGAAGCUCAGACAUCUGAGUUGGUUGAGUUCGACGGAUUCACGGGACAUUUGGCAGUGGAACGCCGACGUCCCUCCCACAACGCAGCGGUGUGUACAUGAGAUAUUUGAAGAAGUGGUCCGGACGCGGCCUCAUGCUCGAGCAGUUGAAGCCUGGGAUGGUAGUCUCACGUUCGAUGAGCUCGACCGGUUAUCUACUCGCCUGGCGAAUCGUCUAAUCGACCUCGGUGUCGGGCCCGAGGGGAUUGUGCCUCUUUUGUUCGAGAAGUCCAUGUGGAUGCCCGUCGCCAUGCUGGGCGUGAUGAAAGCCGGUGGUGCUUCAGUCGGAAUGGACGUCAAUCAGCCAGAACAGCGAUUGCGCAGUAUCGUGAUGCAAAUCAAUCCGUCUGUUAUACUGUCUUCUAGGCACUAUGCUCCCCUUGCAGUAAGUCUGGACCAAAGUUGCCACGCCAGAAUCGUCGUCGAUGAGGAGAGUCUCGGAAGAUUAUCCCCCAACAGUCUUCGAAGCUCCUCGAACGUUCAGCCGCACAAUCCGCUCUACGUAGUAUUCACGUCCGGCAGCACAGGCGAGCCUAAAGGCGUCGUGAUUACGCAUUCCAACUUCGCCAGCGCAUGCGAAUUACAAUCAAAAGAAUUGGAGCUCGAUCCGAGUUCUCGGGUGCUUGAUUUUGCGUCGUACGCCUUUGACGCAUACUGGGCCACCAACUUCAUGGUCAUGUGCGCCGGCGGAUGCGUCUGUGUGCCCUCGGAAGACCAACGCCGCAAUGUCCACCAAUUGUCGCAGUUCAUACGGGAGAAGCGCAUCACGUCCGCGACAUUUACACCUACGAUGGCCGAGACACUAGAUUCUUCUGUCGUGCGGACGUUGAGAUUCAUCGAGAUUGGUGGCGAGGCGGUGAAUGAAGGAUUAAUUGAGCGUAUGUCUGCUCUCACUCGUGUACGGGUCGCGUACGGCCCGUCAGAAUGUACAAUCGGAGUCAUUUUCGCCAAAAAGGAUCGCGGUGAGAAAGGAUUAGGAUACGGUAUUGGGGCAAGGACGUGGGUUGUUGAUUUACUUUCUGACCAACUGGCGGGUGUGGGCCAUCUCGGAGAGCUCUGGAUUGAAGGCCCCCUUGUUGGACAGGGGUAUUUGAACAAUCCGAAGAUGACGGCAAAUGUUUUUAUUCGAGGUCCCGAAUGGAUUCGAGGCGCGGGCCCUGGACAACAAGAGAGGAAUUGUGGUCGACAUGGCCCAGUCCGGCUGUAUAAGACCGGCGACCUGGUGCGGUAUAACGAAGACGGCAGUCUAGCGUUUGUCGGGCGCAAGGAUGCCCAGGUCAAGGUCAGGGGCCAGAGGGUUGAGCUUAGCGAAGUCGAACAUCAUUUCCUUCAGCAGCUUGCUAAGGGCGAGGAUCAAGGUCCGGAAAUCGAGAAGGAUGGUGUGCACGUCGUCGCUGAGCUGGUGACUCCAAAGGAUGUCAGGAACGCCAUCCUAGUCGUCUUUGUCGUCCCAAAGGCAGCUGAAGCUGAAACGGUAACCAUGGAAAACGUCACUCUCCGGUCUACGGUCCAGAGCCUGAUACGAGGCGUAGACAAGCGCCUUGCGGCCGUCGUACCUUCAUAUAUGAUCCCCACCGCCUACGUACCUCUCUCCAAGAUGCCGACAACUGCAACAGGGAAAGCGGACCGCCGACAGCUACGCGAACUCGCCAGACAACUCUCGAUGGACCAGCUGAUCGAUGCGUCCAAAUCUGACGAUGGGCCCCGGAGAAAGCCAUCUACGUGGGAAGAGAAGCAGUUACAACGGCUCUGGGCGUCGACACUCAACAUUGCACCCGAAACGAUAACUCUAGACGACACGUUCUUCUGGCGAGGCGGCGAUUCAAUUCAGGCCAUGCGGCUUGUGGCCGCCGUCCAGCGUCAAGAGCUCUCGCUGACUGUCGCGGAUGUCUUCCAGCAUCAGACACUAGAGGAGUUGGCCAAACACUUGAAGAAGGACGAGUCGACCAGUGCACUAAUUGCGCCACCAUUCUCUCUGCUUGGUUCUCAACUUGACACAAUUACCAUCCGCCGACAGACGUCAUCGCUUUGCGGUAUCCAAGAAUCUGCCGUCGAGGACAUCUACCCUUGUACAGCACUCCAAGAGGGUCUAUUAGCCAUGACGGCAAAACGACCAGGAGAUUAUUGCGCUCAUAAUGUUCUCCCUCUCGGACCAACCAUCGACAGCGACAAGUUCAAACGGGCGUGGGAGAUGGUCGUCGCCCACACGCCGAUAUUACGGACACGCAUCAUCGAUCUUCCGGGCAAGGGGCUCGUUCAAGUCGUUAUCAAGGAACAAGUUGAAUGGCUCCAACCAGAAAAGAUCGAGAGCAUGGCAACCAAGGUCCUGGGAGGCUCACUCAGCCACGUCGGUCUUCGGAUCGAUCAAGGACAAGGACUAACAUUCGUCUGGUCGGUACAUCACGCCUUGUACGAUGCUUGGACAAUCUCUCUCGUGCUCGAAUCAGUCAACAAGGCUUAUUGGACGGAUUCCCCUUCGCAACUCGUGCCAUUUGCUCCUUUUAUUCAGCACACUCUCGCUUCGAGCGGUGAGGUCGCCCAACGCUAUUGGCAAGGGCAAUUUGCAGAUUUAAUUGCGCCUCAGUUUCCCAUGCUGCCUUCCAUCGGGUAUCAACCGCGCGCGGACACGGCUUUCGAAUGGACGAUCAGAAAUAUUGGGCGGGCGCCUGCAGGAGUCACCAUGUCGUCAGCAAUACGAGCGUCGUGGGCACUGCUUAUCAUGCAGUAUACCAACUCACCCGAAGCGGUGUUUGGCACCGUUUUCUCUGGGCGACAAGCUGCCAUACAAGGGAUUGAUCGUAUCGCCGGACCGACCAUUGCUACGGUGCCUAUACGAGUGCAAAUCAGGGACAAUCAGGACAUGAGUAUCAAGGAUCUUCUCCAGUGGGUACAGAACCAGGGGAUUGAAAUGACCGCUUAUGAACAAACUGGUCUUCAAAACAUUAGACGGGCGAGCGCCGAGGCAGAUGAGGCUUGUCGUUUCCAAUCCCUGCUUGUCAUCCAGCCACCUUCACAAAAGACUCGCUCGAAACGGAGCAGUCAAGACAUUUUCUCGCCUUCGCGGUCCGAGGAGGGAGAAGAAGAAGACGAAGGCGCGCCUGACGUUCUCGACGCAUUCAGCACAUACGCCUUGACCAUCCUCUGUGAACAACAUGCAAAUGACUUGAAAUUGGUUUUUGGGGUCGAUUCAAACAUCAUCACUACCGAACAGACGAAACGAAUGGCAGCUCAGUUGGAACACGUCAUCCGACAAAUCUGCGAGCCAAAGCAAACACAUCUCAAGCUGGACCAGGUCGAUUGGAUUAGCCGGAACGAUUUGGAUGAUAUCUGGCGAUGGAACGCUACAUGUCCCGAACCCACUGAUGCAUGCGUGCCUGAUUUGUUGGCCGAGACGAUCCGUCGUCAACCUGACGCGCCGGCUUUGUGUACAAGCAACGAGGAGUUGACAUACCGUGACUUGGAUGACCUGUCAACUUGUUUAGCCCACUGCCUAGCUGCGCAUGGAGUUCACAAGGGAAUCAUUGUCCCGCUGUGCUUCGAAAAGUCCAUCUGGAUGCCGGUAGCUAUGCUCGCCGUCAUGAAGGCAGGUGGCACUGUGGUUGGACUAGAUGUGACGCAGCCCGAGGAACGGCUACGGGCUAUUGUCAACCGCGUGGCUCCUGUUGUACUGGUCUCCUCCGUGCUCAACGCCGAGCUUGCGCAUCGCAUCAAACCCAGGGAGGGUGUGAAAGAAAAGAAGAAGAAGACGGUAGUCAUCUUCGUCGACGCGAACUGUCUACGUGCGAUGCCCGCCAACGGUAAAGAGACCCUACCUCGUCCUUCUCCUUCGGAUGCGUUAUACCUAGUCUUCACGUCUGGCAGUACAGGUGAACCCAAGGGUGUCAUCAUCACACACUCGAAUUUUGCCAGCGCAUGCCAACUGCAGGCCAAGACACUCGAACUCGACCAUACCUCUAGAGUGAUUGACUUUGCAUCCUACGCAUUUGAUGCCUGUUGGGCGACGAACUUUAUGGUCUUGUACGCCGGUGGCUGCGUGUGUAUCCCCUCGGAACAUCAACGGAGGAAUCACCUUUCUAGGUUCAUCCGCGAGAUGCGGGUGACGUCGGCAACAUUUACUCCGACCGUCUCGGAGACGCUCGACAGCGACGUCGUCCGUACUCUUCGGUUCAUCGAAAUCGGUGGCGAGGCUGUCAGCGAAGGCUUAAUUCAACGUAUGCUCACGCUGACUAGAGUUCGCGCUGCAUACGGGCCUUCGGAAUGUACAAUCGGUGUCCUGUUCGCGAAGAAGGAACGUGGAGAACAAGGACUUGGAUACGGUCUGGGGGCUUGUAUGUGGGUUGCCGACGUGAAUUCGCCUGAUCGACUUGUCAGCAUUGGAUGCAUCGGAGAAUUGCUCAUUGAGGGCCCACUCGUCGGACAGGGUUAUUUAAACGACGAGUCGAAGACGAACGCUGCGUUUAUCAAAGAUCCGCCUUGGUUACUCCACGGUGGGCCGAAUCAUCCUGGCCGACAUGGUCGUGUAUACCGGUCUGGCGAUCUUGUACGGUACAAUGAAGACGGCAGCUUGACCUUUAUUGGACGCAAGGACGCACAGGUUAAGAUUCGCGGCCAGCGAGUCGAGCUUGGGGAAGUUGAGCAUCAUAUCCUGAACUCAAUUCAGACCGAAGACCCAAGUGAGAGGGAGCGAAUACAAGUGGUGGCUGAGCUCAUUACGCCUCGCAACGUUAACCUGCCAAUGCUGGUGGCGUUUGUCGUUCCUAGGGGUGCAGAGAAUAUGUCUCAUGAGGCUCUGGUCAGGAAUGUCGCUCGCUUGAUGACUGGUGUACAUGCCCGGUUCGGGACAGUGGCGCCGGUGUAUAUGAUUCCCUCGGGGUAUAUUGCACUGGCGACGAUGCCGACAACGACGACGGGUAAGGCAGACCGACGGCGUCUGAGGGAGAUGGGUAAAGGACUUUCGACCGAGCAAUUCCUCGAUCCUGCAGGACCAAACGCAGGGCCUCAUCGUCUCCCUUCCACGAUAACAGAGCAAAAAUUACAAAAACUCUGGGCUUCGCUCCUCAGCAUCAGUCCCGAGAGCAUCUCUGCAGACGACAGCUUCUUCCGGUUAGGUGGUGACUCGAUUCAAGCCAUGCGACUCGUCGCUGCAGCACAGAAUGAGGGCAUUUCGCUUUCUGUAGGUGAUGUACUUCGCCGACCGAUCCUCUCUCAGCUCGCAGAGCCGGCUGUGUCGUCGCCAGCCACGGCGAGCAUUGGCGGCAACGUUUCUGCUUCUCGUCCUGGUCGGUUCACUCUCUUAGCCGUCGAUAAUUCUGAAGCGUUUGUCUCAGAGAAAUUUCGUCCUGCAUUGCCUCCGGAUGCCGGAGAAAUAGAUGAUGUCCUUCCCAUCUCGCACACGCAGAAGGAAUUCCUAGAUGGGUCGGUGAAGAAUACACCCAUCGGAAUCCACUGGUUCUUUGUGGAUCUGCCAUCAACAACAAACACGGCCCGGCUGGUGGAAAGUUGCGCCCGUCUGAUCCAGCACUUUGAGAUUCUUCGCACAGUCUUUGUUAGCAUCGAGCAACACUUUUACCAGAUCAUCUUGAAGAAUCUUUCUGCCCCUGUCGAGGUGCGCGAUGUGACCGAUGGACUGCAGAGUGCGGCGGAAGCCGUGGCGUCCGAGGAUCAACAUGAUCAGCCGCCGGUCUCUGGUCGAAAUUUUCUUCGCUUUGUCUUUCUCCGCGAUGCAGCGGGUGGUAAACGACUACUCGUUCGACUUUCCCAUGCGCAAUACGAUGGCGUCAGCCUCCCCCGUCUCUUUUCGACUUUACGCGACUUGUACAAGGGCAACAGAGUCUCUCCAGAGCCGCCGGCCAUCUCAAGUUUGAUCAAGCUGGAACAGGCACCAGUCGACUACCAAUACUGGAACGAUCUCCUCGACGGCUCGUCCAUGUCUUUGAUCAGCAAUCAGGAGGCCGCCCACCGCUCGUGCAGCGCAGACGACGAAGCCUUCCACACGAUCCAAAUCGAACGAACCAUCCCCUCUUGGCGACCUCACAAUCGAGAAUCCAACAUGACGUCCGCGACAGUCUUCACUUCGGCCUGUGCGCUCAUGCUCGCCGAGCUGAAUACAUCUCCGGAUGUCCUAUUCGGCCGCCUCGUCACGGGCAGAGCUACUCUCCCUCCGGAACUACGCGACACUGUCUUUCCUUGCCUAACUUCCUUACCCGUCCGCAUCCGGUUAGAAGGUGACGACUCUGGAGAACCGUCCAAGAAAAUCCUGACUCAAACACAAGAUCAAUACAUUCAAGGUCUAGCGUACGAGCGUAUUGGCAUCGACCACCUCAUCGCCAACUGCCCGUCUUGGCCAAAGGCGGAAAAAGAAUGGGGUGUCAUGUCGCAGUAUCAGCAUCUCCAUCUCGGCAGCCAUACGGAAUCAACACCCUCACCGGAAGGGGGCCUGGAGGGUGGUGAGUUUAUACCUCAAGGUCUCAAAGCCAUAGGCGAUCAACUUCGACGAACAAAGACAGUUCUUGUCGUUGGUGUUCCAAGGGGAGAAGAACUCAAAGUCCUCAUCAUUGGCAAGUCAAACGUUUGUGGCGAGAAAUUGUUGGAGAAGGCGAUGGAUAGGUUGAUUGUCGCUUUGGAAAGGUUUUCUUAA